CUUUACAAAAGGAUUUGAGGUUGAACUCAAAGACUGAGGCUCCUCUAAGCAAGUUUUAGGUACUGAAGUGCAAAACUGCAAUUCUGAAAAGAUUUGCUACUUUGUUCUCUAAUCCAGGAGGUGCCCUAGCUUUUUCCUCAUCUCCAUGCUCCCAAACGUAAGGCACUUGAAUCAAUAUAUGGUAAUGAAAUACCACAUCUGUCUGUUUACACAUGAUAUGUGAAUGUGACUGAUAAAGUCCUAUUGCACAUGUGCCAGCAGUUUAUAGCACAGUUAGUCAGAGAAAAGUUGAAAAUGAAGAAAAAGGAACAUUUCCAGGCAGAGGAGGAAAUGGGUGGGACAAGAUGAACAAGAGAACAGGCCUAAUCUGCCUCCCCCCACUAAAAACAUGCAUAUAUAAGUAGUGAAGGAGAGAUUUCCCUUGCUCCCUGGCUGUCAUUCAUUCUCUGCUUUUCCCUGGGGACAACACAGCAUCCCUCCAAGAUGUGGGCAAAGACGAUUACAGAAAAUUUUGCCAAUGUGAUUCAUGGUUUGAAUAAAAACCACCUGACAGAUCUGGUCAUUCAGAGAAGCAAGCGAAUGAUUCUGGAUACCCUUGGAGUAGGACUUCUGGGUACCAGCACCGACACCUGCCAGAAAGUCAAACAGUACAGCAAGAUCUACAGCUCAGAUAUAUCCAGCACCAUCUGGGGCCACUUGGAUUUCCGACUGCCUCCUCUGUAUGCAGCUUUUGUAAAUGGAGUGGCUGUGCACUCCAUGGAUUUUGAUGACACAUGGCAUCCUGCCACGCACCCAUCUGGGGCUGUGCUCCCUGCUGUGAUGGCUCUCUCUGAGGCCUUUCCUCAGAAUAAAAAAAUCUCAGGUCUUGACCUGCUCUUAGCUUUCAAUGUGGGAAUUGAGGUGCAAGGCAGGUUGUUACGCUUUUCCAGUGAAGCCAGGAAUAUUCCCAGAAGGUUUCACCCACCAACAGUAGUUGGUCCAAUGGGGAGUGCAGCAGCUUGUGCAAAACUGCUAGCUCUUAACCAAAUGAAAUGUAAAAACUCCUUGGCUAUUGCUGCUUCCUAUGCAGGUGCCCCACUAGCUAACGCAGCAACUCAAACGAAGCCCGUGCACAUUGGCAAUGCUGCCAAGCAUGGACUGGAAGCGGCUUGCUUAGCAUCACAGGGUCUUCAAGGAAACAAUCAGAUCUUGGACAUUGAGUCAGGGAUAGGUGCCUUUUAUACAGAUUACAACCCACAGACUCUGCCAACUUUGCAGUCAUAUCCCUGGCUGUUGGACCAGCAAGAUGUGGCCAUCAAACGCUUUCCUGCUCAUCUUGGAACACACUGGGUGGCUGAUGCAGCAUCUUCUGUAAGGAGGAAGCUUGUUGAAAACAGUGACAUAUUGCUUAUCCUUGAUAAAAUUGAGAAAGUUAUUGUAAAAGUCCCAGAGGUCAAAUAUGUGAACAGACCCAGCCCUAAUUCAGAACAUGAAGCUCGACACUCCUUUCAGUUUGUUGCCUGCUCUGCUUUGCUGGAUGGCAGCAUGUCCAUCCAGUCCUUUGCCAGUGAGAACAUUCACCGGCCAGCCUUACAGGAGCUCCUCUGCAAAACACAGCUAGAGCACCCUUCUGAUAACAAACCCAGCUUUGAGAGUCUUUAUUGCGAAGUGACUGUUGUGCUUCGGGAUGGCAACGCGAUUAGUGACCGCUGCAACACGUUCUAUGGACACUGGAGGAAACCUCUGACAGAGCAAGAUGUGGAGAAAAAAUUUCGGUCCAACGCUUCUCAAGUCCUUCCUGCAGAAGCCAUACAAGGCAUUAUAGAGACUGUGUACAAUCUGGAAAAAGUAGAGGACUGUUCUGUAUUAAACAUGUUUUUGUCAGGACAGUCAGCUAGAGUACUUCCAGAGAAGCUGCACUUCAAACAUUCCAACUCAUAAAGCAAACAAAAUUCAGGAAAAGGCCUUAUUUAAUGACCAAAGCACCAAGUAAAUAAUUUAGAGAUAGCAUGCAUAGUUCAGUCAGAAGAGUUGAAGAUUACUUAGCUAUCUUUAUAUGCUUAUACUGCUAAAGGUAGAGCAACGCCAGCAUGCUGCACAAAAAAAAUUCCUUCCUCUUUUGACAAAAAUGUCUGCAUGUUCUGCUUCUACUUAAUCACUUCAUGAAGGAAAUUUAAAUUCGUGGAAAUGCUGCUGUGAGAAACAAGACUAUGAAGACAGAAAAUAGAAGCCUUUACAUAUGUAUUGCUGCACAUUUAGUUAUACAGCCUUCUUAAAGAGGCCACCUGCUAUGCCACAGCUUUGGUGUGUGCGCUAAAAGAAAUAGCACUUAACACUCCAAAAGACAUCAGGCUUCGCUGUGGAGACUGGCAUUCUGGAACUAGGGUGCAGAGCAAGAGGGACAACUCCUAGACCUAAAAGCAUUAUUUCCCAGCCCUAUCUUCUUGGUGCUUCAUAGUAUGCAUUUAUUACUGCCAUGUUCCCAUUUCAAUUACAAGGCGUUGGCUUAGGAAGAAAUUCAGCCCCAUUUUCCCCAGCAGCAGCCAAAGAGAUGACCAGACACUUUUAAGGAAAAUAUGUGCUUAGGCUGCAGGGUAUUUAUAUUUGGUAGGCAAGAAACAUUUUAAGAUGAGCUAGGUUAUGAUAGUCCUAUAUUUUUUGAUUGCAUAAAUGCAAGUGUAGUCCUGUUAAAAGACAUAUCACACUUGUGAAUGGUUGAAAGUUAAAAACUGUUUCUGCCAUGCUGAGUUUGCUGUUUAUGACAGUGCUCUCUUUCUGGCUUUCAUAACCAUUCCACACUGAUCAGGAUGCCAUGUUCAGAUUACUACAGACAUUGCAAAGCAUGGGCUACAGUACAUUAGUUACUAUAGACUGAGAGCUGUAUGUAUCAGAACACUUAAUGUGCUGAGACCACCAAGUGUCCUUAGGAACUGUCACCUUAACUUGACAGCCAAAACCAUUCCCUCAAGUCUUGCCAUUUGUCUUAAAAUGUAUAAAAUGUAUGUACAAAAACUAAAAUCACAAAAUAAAACUGAUUUUAGUAAAUGAA